AUGGCGCCGUCCUCGCGCUCUCUGGUCUUGCUUGCGGCCGCUUAUGCGGCGGCCAACGACGUUCAGUACAUCACAGACUUGAACCUUUACUCUCUGUUGGCACCAUGCGCGCAGAGUGCGCUGUCGCAAAAUGUUCAGAACCAGAUCUCGUCUUGCGGUGAGGGAGUCACUGAGCUGCAGUCUUGUGUUUGCACCAAAGGCAACAACUAUGCCGAUAUUUCAACCGCCAUAUCCAGCUCGCUGAGCUACAGCUGUGACUCCACGGCGACGGAAGACUUCACGAGCGCCAACGUUGUCUAUUCGGCCUACUGCACACCAGACAAGACGUUUGACCUUCCCACGCCGACGGCAAACAUCGUCUCCGAGAUGAUCACCGAUAUGCCCUUGUUCUCCAGCCUUGCGCCCUGCGCUCAAUCAGGCCUGUCGAUAGCUGUCGGCCGCAUGUCCGACAAGUGCCCAGAAGCAGGAAACCAGUACGCGCCGUGCAUCUGCACGCGCAACGAAAACUCGGCCGCCAUCAGCGACGUCAUCAAGUCCAGCGUGUCCUACAACUGCGAGAACACGCACGACAUCACCUCGGCCCAGGCCUUCUUCGCCGCCUACUGCGCCAUGAACGACGGCACGACCGCCCUGCCGGCGCCCUCGCCCCCGCCCGGCGACAUGUCCUACUACAUCACCGCCCUCGACGCCUACUCCUCCCUCGACGGGUGCGCCCAGUCGGCGCUGUCCUCCAUCGUCGAGUACCAGACGUACAACUACUGCCCGCAGGGCCCGCAGGCCUUGGCGUCGUGCGUCUGCAUCAAGGGCGGCCGCUUCAGCUCCGUCUCGAGCUCCGUCACGUCCGAGGUCAAGUGGGACUGCUCGUCGACGAGGCAGCUGGACAACGUGCGGUCUGCCAUGGACGUGCUCGACUUUUACUGCGAUGCCGCCAAGGGCAAUGUCGUCGCUACGGUGACGGAAUCCAUUGCGCAAUCGUAUCCCACGGCACAGGUGGCAACGGGCAGCAACACGGCCGGCGCUCAGCAGACGUCUGUGCCGACCGCGUCCGGGACUGGCGCGGCCGCCACGACGAGCGGCUCGAGCGCCGCGACGGGCACGUCCGGGACCGACGGCGCGACCGAACAGGCAUCUACCGUCAGCACGGCCGCCAUUGCCGGUGGUGUGGCCGGCGGCGUGGGCGCUGUCAUUCUCAUCGGCGUGCUGGCUUGGAUCCUGAUCAGGCGGAGGAGAAAGGCGGCGGCGGCGGCUGCUGCCUCGGAAGCUGGAUCGCCCACCGACGCCCCUGGAAGCCCACACUUCCACACGGGCAAGGAAGAGAUGCUCUCGCCCACGGCGAUCGAGCUGCACGAGCAGACGUGGAAGGCGACGCCGUUCGAGGCGCCUGGGAACCAGCAGUCGCCGCCGACGGAGCUUCAGGGAGCCUGGGGACGGGGACCGGCCGAGGCGUCAGAACUGCACGGACGCGGAGCUGUGGAGGCACACGGUGUGCCCAUCGCGAGCCCGUCGUCGAAGACCAAGUAUGAGGGCAUGGGGUGGCAGUCGGGUCCUGUUGAGGGGUACCAGGAGUUAGAAGCUCCCCACGCGACGGCGCGGUAG